AUGGCCGUCAGGAGAGGGAAAUUCCGAGCUUUCUUGAAGUCCAAGAAUCCCACAGAUGAAAGCCACGAUGAAAAAAAUUCCUCUACAAACACUCAAGAUAUUGAAAUCGAAGUGGAAGUCUCAGUUGGACCAAGAGGUAAGAUUUUAUUCUUCAGAAACUUGUCCUAUCUACAUUCGUGUCAACAAACCUAACUAUGCAAAGUACAAAUUUAUUGAUUUUGCUUUAUAAUCUUAAUAAAUUCGAUUAGAGUCAUUAUUAUUGAUUAUUAUUGACAGCGUCGCGAAGACGGAACUUUCUCGAUCGAUCCCCGGUGCAACACAGGAGAACACGAUGAAAACCUGAUUUUGAUCCGAUUACAUACAAGCUUUACCUCGAAGAGGAUAAAAAAUAUCCAAUUGUUUAUCUUUUCAAUGAAAUCUUUGGGAUACUUCAACAGUUGAUUGCGUAUUUAACGGUAAAUUAUUCGACGUAUAUGAAGCUUUUAACAUUAAAUGCAACGAACUUGCUUGCUCUUUUAGCGACUAUUAUUCAGCAAAUCUUUUUCCAAUAUUCAACAUCAAUUUAGUCAAUCUCUAUGAUCUUUUUCGCUAACUUAUCGAACGGCUCAAUUAAAAAGUUGUAUAUAGAAAAUCUGUUUACAUUUUUUUUGCAGCAAUCACGGUGUUCAACAAAGACAAACCUUCACAGUAGCGAUAUUUGCCUUAACCCUUUAAGCCCCGAUAUCAACAUGUAAAUUCUCGUCACUGUUCUCCAUAUGUUUCUUAUUUUACUGAUUUAGAGAAUUUGUUCAAACAUCGAGACAUUUCAUAUUUGGUGAUCAUUUCAUUCAUUCUCGUGAUCUGUACAUUUGAUCAGGCGGUGAUAUUGAAAGGAUAAAUUAGAUGCUGGUCACUAUUGAGGCUUAAAGGUUAAGUAUCAAGCCGAUUUCAGACCUAUCAUAUUCGCAUGAUUCAGUACUACUAAAUCAGACGAAUAUUUUUUCAUUCAAAUUUUCUUUAUUGUCAUUUAUUCCUAUUUAUACUUUCAAAUACUGAAUAGUCAGAAUACUUAUCGAAGCCCACCAUUAAGCUCACCAUCUGGUAUUUUUUUCCUGUUCCUAGGAGAAAUUAGCGACGCAGAUGUAGAAAUCGCUGGUGGUAACGAUCAGCCUUACAUUCCAGGGAAUCCUGGACUUUUCAUCACCGAUAUAAGGCCUGGAGGCGAGGCGGACAAACUUUUGAGUCCUGGAUGUCAAAUAGUAAAGGUCAGUUAUUUCACAGAAAUCCUCAAAGCUUCUAUAAUGCUCUACGUAGUACUGGAACGAGAAUGAGGGAAGAGAGCAAGUGGAUUGGAAGGAAAAAGGGGUGGGGUGGGGUGGGGUGGGGUUGGAAGGGGGAGGGGUUUAGGCAAUAUAGAAGGGUGUUAAAAAAACUGAUAAUAACCUUGCAGUGAUGCCUCCUAGCGUGUUGCUUCAUACAUUUUUUGAUAAGUACACAACACGUUUUUAUUCAGUAAUAGUGUCACGAGUAACAUAAGUGUUUUUCGUCAUUUCAUAAUAACCACCGCGUACUGUAUAGCUCUAUCAACUAUUGCAGCAUAGGACCUAUACGGGCUGUACCCCUUCAUAGGUUCAAUUUAAAGCUGCUUUCAGUCUUUACCAACCAAUCAGUCAAAUGGCAAGAAAAAGUUUAUACUGCAUAAAUUGCUGGUUGUUAAAGUUGCGGUACUUCAAAUCAGGCUCUCAGCAGUUCUCCAUACCUCCAUGCCUUUAGCAAAGCGAGCCAAUGAGAAGUAUAGCGCUAAUAAUUGAUAGUGCCGGACCUCUCGGAGAUUUCUCACCUGCUCGCUUCGGUCGAGACCUUAAACUUUCUGGUUUGUGAAGAAAUACUCGUGCUGGAGCGCUGACAGUGAGGGCCUGUUUUCAGUCUAAUAGUCCCGUUGCUAUUAUAAGAGAAAAAAAAAACAGGGUAUUGUAGUUCUUUUACUUAUAUAUAUGCCAGAUUGAAGAUGUCGAUGUUACAAAUGUGCCCCGUCAAGUGGCUGACAGUUUGCUCGAGUUUGCUGAUAAAUGGGCACGGCUACAUGUCAGGAUGCCCAAAGGCUUAGACGAGGUGAGCUUUAGUACAAGAAUUGAUAUGCAGUCAAAAUCACCAAAAUCAAGCAAUCAGUCAAUCAAUACAUUAGUUGAUUACUCAGUAAGUUAGUCACUUGACUUUGUAAAAGGGACUCAUGAUUUGUGGUUCACACAGUUCAAUAGCUAGCCACUCAGUCAGCCAGUGGGUUGUUUAGUUAGACGGUUAGUCAGUCAGUCACUCAAAACAAUCAGUUAGUCAGUCAACGGGUCAGCCUGCCAGUCAGUCAACCAGCCAAUCAGUCAGCCAAUCAGUCAGUCAACCAGUCAGUCAACCAGUCAAUCAGCCAGCCAUUCGGUCAGUCAACCAGUCAGUCAGUCAGUCACUCUGUCCGUCUGUCGGCCAGCCUGUCAUUUCACUUUCAUAGUCAGUCUGUCACUUUCAAUUAACAUGGUAGUGCAUAAAUUGAAUCAUUAAAUCCAUGGGUUUUUCUACUCCCUCCUAGUCUAAUUGAUUUCUAUCAGUCCCUUAAAUUAUUUAAUGUAUCUCGGGUGUCCUUAGGUCUCUGAGGUGUCUUCAAAAGUGGUUUCUUGGGGAACAGUGACCUUUGACACCGACAACAGCGACUCAGGAGUCGGGAGUACCAGUGGAAUAUUGGAAAAGGAAUUCAAAUCAAACUUAGACGCAAGCGAGAAAGUUACUGUGAAAAUUGCGGUUGGACUUUGGGGUAGGUGAAUCCAGAUACCUGAAGUAGCUCUAUUAAAAAAAAUUCUUACCCCCCCAAAAGAGGAUCGUCUUGUAAAGAAUGCGAACAUAUGUAUGUGCCACUUUUUUUCCGUUAGGACAACUUUUGCCUCUUGAUUUUGAGAUAUACGGGGGACAGGAUGAAAAGUCAAUAGACGGAGAUACGGGAAUCUUCAUUAAGGAGAUAAAAGAAGACAGCUCAUUGUCGAAAGACGUCAAAGUCGGAGAUAAAAUUUUUAAGGUAAGAUGCAUUUUGGUUUCAGACCAUACCUCACUUGUGCGACCAUACCCUUUAUUUCAACCGCUUUGUCGUCAAAGAUUUGGGUUCCUGAAUAGCUCGUCUCUGUUGAUCGUCUUAAAAUGCAAAAUGUUAUUUCAAGAUUUUAUUGAACUUAGUUCUCUGCCACUUAAUCUACGCUUCGAUCCACAGGUUAAUGGUAUUGACGUCACAAAUGUUCCUCAGCACGCGUUCUUCAACUUAUUACGUGGCGCUGACAAAGUAGUUAAGAUGCAAAUCGCGAAGACUUCCGUCGCAAAGGUUAGUAGAAAUUUUCUAUUUUUGAUGGAACACACCUAAUUUGAAGUUUCAAAGUGGUUUUUAUGCUGGGUGAGAGUGCUCGUCUUCUAGAUCGCUGUGGCCUGGGUUCGAUUUUUGGACAUGGAAUUACUUGUUGGCUAAGUUUUUUGUUGGUUCGUGUCCUUGCUUCCAGAUUUCUUCUGUCGGUUUUCAUUCGGUACAAUUUUCGGUUAGCUGUUCAAGUAUGUAGUUAGUUACCUUUUCAAUUACUUUUAAAAAAUGAUUUAUUUAUUGUUUACUGCUUUUGGUCAGGAUGAUACAGAAAUUCGGGUUUUCGAAGAUGAGGAAACUGGGGAGAAUGAAAGAAUUAUAGAAAUUUCAACUGGUCCUAAAGGUAAUGGAAUUGUAAUUUUGCAGGACUAACCAUGCUAAACUCAACGUUUUAAAAUGAAAACUACGUGAUCUACUUUCUUCUCAGCUAGCAAAAUUUAUCUUGCAGCUAAUUAGGAUAUUCCAAAAGACUGAGUUCUGUAUACCGUGAACCUCUUGCAAUUCGAAAUGACUAGUGUAAAAUUUAAGCAGUUUGCCUGUUUUUGCCUUCAGGUCGCACUUGUUUUUGAUGAUGUUAACCUUGGAGGACUUUCGAUCCAGCGGAAAUAGAGUGCAUUAAUAAUCAGGCCGACCUAUUUUAGAGAAUCAGAGUUAAAAUAAUUUCAACAUUUUGCUCACAGGACGGAUUGGUAAACUUGGAUUGAAGAUCAAUGGUGGACGAGAUAGGCCUGUUGUACCAGGAGAUCCCGGGAUUUUCAUAACAGCUGUCAAAAGGGGAAGUUUAUUGAAAAGAGUCAUUGGUCCUGGAGACAAAAUACUUAAGGUUAGUAUCUUUCCAGAGAGAAACGCAAGUUUUUUUUUGAUCUUCAGUAAGAUAAAGAUGCACUGAGAAUGCGCUCUACUCAGCCGUUAGACGCGUCAGAAGAUUCUAGAGGCCGUGAUUUAAUGCUCAACUGUGAUUGGAGGAUUUCCAUUAGGAAUUUCAAAAGGAGGAUCAGACCAAACCUCUGUACAAAUUACAGGGGUCAGUAUGAAACCAAAGAUAUCCUCUCAUAUCAAGGUCUUCCGUUUUUUUAAUGUUUUAUUUUUAUUACACAGAUUGAUGGUGCGAAUGUAACAAACGUUCCAUUAAGAGUUGCUUUCGACAAGAUAAAAGAAGCAGACAGACGAGUGAGGCUACACAUCAAAAAAGCGGAUACCAGUGAGGUAUGCUUGCAUUAAAAAAAGGUUCACUCCUAUUACAAACGCAUUCGGGAUUUUUUUUCCAGCGAAACCAAUAGUUACUUUUCUUAUCCUGUGAAUAGCCUAUAUCGUUAGAAGCUCUGCGACCCACAGACUGAAACUCUUCAACAGGCUUGGCUUGAAAUUGAUACGGCCUUGUGGACUUUGAGAUUGUCGUGAUGACCAAGUAACCCUUUACACAGUAACAUCAAUAUGCAAUUUCUCCAUACUGUUCUCUAUACAUUUCCCAAGGUGCUGACAAGGAGAAUUUGUUUAACGAUCAAUAGCUUCUUUAGUUGGUGAUUGUUUCCUUUAUUUCCGGAUUAGCGAAAUGAACUGCGAAUUCUAUUUUAAUCUAAGGUUAAAGUCACUUCACCGCAAAAUUUCAGACCUCACACGUUAUGCUUCCUUCGGCACCCUUCAUGCUUUACGUUUCAGGUGCAACGAUGAUCUUGGAGCAGAAAUAUCGGCCUGUAAGAGCGCAUGCCAACCCAGCAACACUUUAAAGCCGAUAUGGUUGUUAGUUCCUGGGCUUGUUCCGAAGUAUGCUUUCCCAGUUAUCCGCAUUUUUUCUUCCUCCACAAAGUACAAAAACGUGGAUGAUUCACUGCUGCUUCACUUUUCAGAAAACUGUUUGAAUCAACUACUUAGCAGGCACCGAUGUCACUAAAAUAGGCACAUACAUAGUUGAACACUGUAUUUUCACUUUGCAGCAUGACAUUUCGGAAAGAAAACGAAAGAGUUUCGCGCAGCAGGCCGCGAGGUCUUUUUCUGAAGAGCAGUUGCAAGGUUAGCGUUUGUAUCAUCUUUAACCCUGAAAGAGUUGUCGCCUCAGACUUAGCCAUCUUAUGAAAGGCGAUUGUCUUCUUUUGCAGAAUACAAGACAGCAUUUUCAGUGUACGACAGAACCGGAUCGGGUAAAAUAUCUCUGAAACAAGUCAUGCAACUAUGUCGUUCGCUUGGCUAUAAUCUCACAUCAACCGACAGGGAUGUCAUCACUACUGAAUAUAGCUUAACAGGUGAGACCGUCACGCCAGGCCUUGAUAAACCAAGUAGCCCAUCCUGUAUAAGUUUUUUCGCAUUUCUGUAGCAGAAAGUUUCUGAAAACAUUGCCAUUCCUCCCUGGAUGGUAUCCUGGCCAUUGCAGAUCUCCCCUCCCAAUAUUUCGUCGGAUUUUCCUGUUAGCUCGCCGAUAUCCACAUGAUCCGUAAGUAUGAUUAUGUGGAGAAAUUAAUUCGCCCUCAGCAUAAUGGCCUGGGCGCGAACUUGGAUCUCUCAAGGGAUCGGAUAUUAUUUAUCGCUAGGGGGGUCGGAAGGGGAUCGGUGUCAUGAUGAAAAUUUACCCGAUCCCCCAUAAGGCUCUGUAAUGUUCUACUGUUCCCCCUUUAUUCUCUGUUGGCGACGACUGAUCCUCACCCCGUCCCCCUGAAAACCAUCUGCUCAACCAAAAAUCCUUCGACCCCUCCCUAGUCGAUGAAUAAAUGAAUGAUGAUCAGUCUUUAAGUUUAGCGCUCCAACUAAUCAAUAACUUGUCGCUUGUCAUGCGAUACUUAAAAGAUAAAAUCCAAAACCUUGUCUAUUUUUGUGUAGGUGACGGUAAAAUCUCUUUCCUGGAUUUCAUUCCAAUAAUAACCAAAAUCAGCUCUUUUCAUCAAAGCGAUUCAGAUCUGAUGGAUGCAUUUGAAGUGUUCGACCGAGAGGAGAAGGGUUUUUUCAGACUACAUGAGCUUGAAGACGCUUUAAAAAAAAUGCCGGGUUCGGGGGAGAUGACAGAGGAUGAACUUGCGGACAUUCUUCAGUUAGCAGAUCCCGAUGGUGAUGGACAUGUUAUCUUUGAAGGUUGGUAAGAGAGGAAUUGAAAAUAGAAAAGCAAAAAUUAAAAGGGUCGUUUUUUGCAUCUCUUUUAGCUCUCGAAGGUUUCUUCCUUUUUCUUUCCUUUUUUUUCUUUUGCUGUAGUGUCUCUUGCUCCUUUACAUCCUUCUUCUCUCUCCCAACCCAGCUCUUCUCUCUCUCUCUCCUUUCCCUUUUUCUGCCCCUUAAACUCUUCUUUCCCCUCCUUCAGUAUCUCUUGUCCUUCACACAGAUGCGUACUUUCUAUUAAAUUCUAUCUUCUGCUUUACUUGCGCAUCCUCCUCCUCUUCCUUUGCUUUCUCCUUCUUCUAUUUCCCUUUCUUCGGCUUCUCGUCUACAUCUUCAUCGGCCCUGUCUUUCUCCUUCUCCUCCAUAACGCGUACCGAACUCCUCCUCUUAUCCUUCUGCUGCCUUCUCCUUCUCUCCUCUCUUUUCUCUUCUCAGAUCACGUAGGAACCCUGAUCGAAUGUAACGUUACUCCUCGCCUGAUAAUUGAGGAGGAGAACUAGGCCGUUAUCCAAGGUUACUACAAUUGUAAUGCCAGUGCAUUCUGACUUCUAAUAAUUAUGAUAAUACAUUUCCUUGUUUUCUCUCCAGAAUUCCAAAAUCUCAUGUUGCCUCUCUUCAACCAAAGCUAAUCCAGAAAAUUUCUAUGUUUGCUGAAUUGCGACAAGACAACUAUGGCCAAUGAUGAAAUUAUUUAACAGUAUGCGCUAAGGACAAGAACUGAAACCGUAAACAACAUCAGAAUAAUAUUCUUCCGACAUCGAGGAAAAGUAUUUGGACCAUGAUCGGUUAUGAAUGCAGCUAAUGUUGGCAUAACAUAGUUCAUAUAUAUGAUGUGGAUUGGCAAAAUCUCGCCAAUUUAUGGCAAAAUUUCAUAAAAACCAAUCACUGGAUGAAAAUUUGCAGAUAAAUACGCAUAGUAUAAAUCUAUUUUGGUGAAAGUUCAUGUUUUAACGGAAAACGCACAGCUAUCGAUCGAUUACUGGCUGGGAAGUAUGUCAUUUGACAAGAUAAAGGAGGAAUAUCCUCAUGAAUCCUCUAAAGAGAAAUGAAUAUGUUUUUAGACUUAUUUUUUUAGAUGAAGUAAUCGGUUACCCACGCUAAAAAGGAUUUAAAUGAUAGAUAAUUUUUUUUUGACUGUCAUACAGUGAAGUCUUGAUCCGCUCAAUAAAAGAAAUUUGUAUAUGAUCAUGAUCCUUCAAAAGUUACCUUUCCUUAGCCUUCAAUUCAUGAAAGUAACGUAUGAUGUGUGAUACAUUGUUACUUUAAAAACGUCAGGACCCCAUGACCAUUAUAGACUUCUGAAAACGUGUGUCUGAAAUCGAAAACUGUGUCUCUUUUCUCUGAUGUGUUGAGCAACGUUCAUAUAAAUCCCUUUUUUCCGCCCUUUACCCCACUCUUGCAGGUAAGUUAUGCUUCGUUAGAUGUGCUUCAUUAUGUGAAUCGUGAGGAAGUAUAUUGGACUAACCUUUUCUAGACACUGUACAUUGUGACUUUCUUAACGCUUUUUAACUGAAAUGGGGUGUUUCCAUGUAGACGCUAUUCAGGGACUUAUUGGUCUGAUUAUUUAAAAAAAAUAGCCGUUUUUAACAAACCCGCGUCCUAACCAGUCCACAAUUUAGUUGAACCGUUUAUCUAACCAUUUGUUUUUGUUAACAACGUCAAGAGAUUCGAAAGCUCAGCUAACAGUGGAAGGAUAUUCAUUUCAUCAAAUCAACUCUCUUACAGGGAGAGUCUGGAGCCAACUGAUUGCGUGAAACCGUGGUUUGGGUUAGACUGUAAAUAAGCGGCCCAAUGUAUUUUCCUCCCAUAUGCAUUGUUUUCCAUUGAUCUUGGUGCGACAUUGGUUUCUAAAGUCAAAGUUAACGUAUUAUUUACCUGAUUAUGUUAUGUCGCACUCUAUAGUAAAAAACUUCACACUUGCAGCUUUGUAACUACACUUAUCGCCGUUUAUUAUAACAGGUCAUCGCACUUCGUAACAAAAUAGGCUGUCACACCUGUUGCACUUUGUAAUAAACUUGGAAUGGAUUGUCGUAUGGCACGUAGAACUAAUGAGAUACGACAGCUUUUUUCAUUACAAAGUACAACAAGUGUUAUUAAAAAUAUGUCAGUUUCAUUACAGUGUGACAAGUAUCACAAUAUGAGACGCUUCUUAUAAAGCGCGGAAGAACAGAUCAUAUACUGGUUUUACCUCACCGAAUUAAUAUGUUGAAGUUUAUUCUGUAGCUAAUGAAUGAAUGUGUUAUUCUUUGAUCUCACUGGUUUUUCAAUUCACUGGUUUGUUAAUUUUGCACUUAUUUAUUAUUUCUUUAUGAUAAUUUUUAUGUGUGUAAACAUUCCAUUUCUGAUAUUCGUUGUCGGGACUUGACGAGGAAAACAGCUUCGAGCCAUAUGGUAAGUCUGAAGUCGUUUUGUUAAAUUUUUCCGCUGUCCUGUCAAGAUUUGGUUUUACUGUGCCUUCAUCUUGAGCAUUGUUGUGCUCAACUUUCCAAAGAUGUUUUAUAGAAUUUCGCACGGGGAGAAAUUUGCCGAUAUGUUUGAACUGAAUGAGACAAUAAUGUAAGAGUAUUCUGUUCAUUGAGAAUACAGCGCAUAUUGCAACUUGUAGACCGUGGAGUAUCUGUAAUCCUUUAAGAAUUAUGGAGGUGCUCUGACCUGUACCUAUUUAUUCUCGGAGAAGACACAGCUCGUGUUAUUCUCUAGUUUACAUGUCUCUGAAUUAAUAUGGUUUACAAAUUUCAAAUGCUACUUAGAAAAACAAUUCUAUUGAGCGCUCUCAGUUAUCGUUUGAAUUUGACGUGACAGCAUAAAGGAAGGCGAAAUCUGCUGUCAAUGUGACUCAAACAUGUUUGGGGCCUAGACAGACCAGCCAGUAAACCAAACCUUGUGUUCAUCGCUUUAAGGUGUGAACGACGGUAAAGUAUUGGAGAAAGUUCAUUCCAGCCGGUGUUAAUCUCUUGUCAAUAGAGGUGUUUAAAACAUUAGAAAAUAUGCAUCUGCUCCUGGCAUCUAUAACUAGAAAGUACAUUUAUUUAAUGGGAAAAUAACAGCAGUAGAGAAAGAUGAUAAAGAUUUGGCAGAGGCGUGAGGCAAUGCAACAUAUCGUUGCCCCCCAACGAUGAUUCGAGUUUUGCGCUACAGGCUGACCAUCCUGUAAAAGUAACAUUAAUACUGAGAUUUUUCGGACCACGAUACGUGGAAAAUUUGUUUAUACGUCCUCCAUUCGUGAUCGCCACACAUUUAUGCUUAUUUAUAUAGAAUGUAUUACAUUUCAACACACACUAGGUUGUCCACCUGUGCUAAAACCCUCUCAUACUGCAUUCCAACGCCCUCCCACUUAAGCUUCGAAGGCCUUAGUGGAUUGAGGAACUUUCAGUUGACUUUGGACUUUGCGCGAAACCAAGCUUAGAUGAUUCCGAAUUCUUGAUGCAGGGUCAGAGUUGCAAUAUUUUAUCAAUCAGAACUAAUUCAAGCAUUAAUUAUCAGGGACUGACAGAAUCAACACCGUGGAGUUCUCCAGAAAACAGAGCUGAAACAUUACAACAAGAUGGAGCAGAAACAUCAUCAUUAAACGAGAAAUCAAAGAGGCAGGAACGAGAACAGGAUCCACGUUCUGUUGAAAUGAUCGUUGAGGUACAAGUUACUGGUGAUUGACCGAUAAAUGGAUAGUUUUACUUCGCUUCGCUCAUUUGAUUAGUCUUGGAAAACUCUGAGCCAUAGUCAGAUGCAGCCAGAUGUGUGUCUGAAUCGUUACCUCGUCGCUCCCUGUUUCAUGCAUUUUUGACUGUUGGCUUGCUUUCACUUUGAGAUUGCGUCGUCAGCGGCUUUUAAUAUUUACAUUUUCUACAAUUGGCCGUUGUGAUUAAUUCGAUUUUGGCACCGCAACCCUCAGUUGAAUAGCGCUGUAGUGUUAUGCCAGUAAGGAUCAGUCAGAAUUUAUCACCAGGGGAGGGCAGAGGGGGGGAAGGGGUGGAAGAUUUUUAGGGGGGUCACGGUCCCCCCCCCCCACUUUCACUUUCCCAGGAGAUAAAUAAGUAAGCAAUCACAGUUUUCAUUGUCACUUUCUUUGCAGGUCAAUGCAACCCCUGAUGAGCGUGCGCAAGACCGAAAUAUUGCUGAGCACACGUUUCAUGGGGUAAAGGGUCACCUGGGACCAGAGAACAACAACAAGCCCGAAACAAAGAACAAAAAAAUGCUGCAUGCUGCAAAAAUGGUUCAACAAAUGACCAACGUUACGACAUUCCUUUCUUCGUUAAAAAAAGAGCCAGACUAUGUUUUUGUGGACAUUCCAAAGCAUCCUGACGGUAAGCUACUGCUAGAUGAUUCACUUUAUCUGAAAAUGGUGUUGGAUUAUCUGUUUACAAGACUUACCAAUUGAUUGACUGAUUAUCGAUUGAUAACUUGAUUGAUCGAUAUGUUUGAGUGUUGAGCAAAGUAAUUCUGAAAAUAGCGUCUUACAGUCUGUCUGAUAAUUUAUCUAACUCUCCCACUGCUUAAUGUAUAACUGUCUGAGUGACUGAGUAACUGAGAGAGAUAAAAAUGACCGACGGAAUGGAAACUGACACAUAAAUAUUUGAACUGACGUGCCAUUAAGUGAAGGAUAGAUAAAUCACCGGAUCGACUAAUUGACUAACUGGAUUCUAGUUCACUGGUUCUUUGCAUCACUCACGAACUCGACCCAACUCAUUUACUGACUCCUUACAUAACUGACUGACACGAGUUCUACUUUCGGCGAGCGACUUUUUUUUGAUUCAAAAACAUAUCAACCUGCCAGUUCUGAUUACAAUACCUUUACAGACCGGGCAGCUGACUUAGGUUUUACUUUACAUGGUGGUACUGGUAGUCCUGUCAUUCAUGGAGAUCUGGGUAUUUUCAUCGACAAGGUGAUUCCCGGCAGCUUGGUGGACAAGAAGCUGAGUCCUGGGGAUAGAAUACUAUCAGUAAGCUCACUUCUUUGAAACAAUGUUCAACAUAAUGACAACCAGGAAAAUUUGUGUUGAGUACUUCUAGGGCUUUACAAGUUGAUUAUAGAUAUUCAAAUUAUAACACCACUACUGCCGCCGCUGUCGCCACGGUAGUUAGCAUUAUUGUCAUUUUUUUUCCUCCGUGCCAUUUCCUUCCUUUCCUUUCUCUCGCAUUUCCUUGUUAUUUUCCAUUUUAUCCUCUUCUUCGUCAUUUUUCUCAUUCUCUCCAUUUCGCUUCAAUUCAUCCUCCUCUUUCUUCUCCUUUUCCCCUCUUCCAUUCUUUACCAAUCCCCCUCACACCCUUCCAUCUUCAGCCUCUCCCUUCCCUCUAUCAUCACCACCAACAUUAUUAUCCUUGCCUUGUACUCAUUACUCAUUCGGUUCUGUUUGUUAACAGUACUUAUUCCUAUUUUAAGAUAAACGGACUCAAUGUCACUAAAGUACCGCUGACAUACGCACGUCAGGCAGUGAGAAAAGCUAGGGGAACGGUCAAACUUUACGUCAAGAAAGCCCCAAAAAGACAGGUAUCAAUUAAAGUUGUAAGUGCCUCACACAACGCUAAUACUUACUUAUUUGCAUCGAUUAUCACAUGAUAUCAGAUUGCUUCGAAUGUGGCCUCCUACGAAUACUUUUUUGGAUUGUGACGUAACUGUUUCGGGGGGUUUGCGUGUCUUCCCGAGUGAAGCAUUUCAUAGAAGGCUUAGUGGACUGAUAAUAGUUGGAGUACAACAAGGGUAUAAGAUGGGCUCCACCCAGGGCCCCCAGACCCUGCUUGAAGGUAGACCGUGGAGAGAAUGGGUGUUCGAUAUGCCAACCACUCUACGUACGGUGUGGAGCACCAAGCUUGUCUGCAGAUGUCAAGAGUAAGAUAAAAACCUUAAUGGGUAAUAAAAUUGUUCUCGCCCUAGCAAAUAAUUAACAAAGCCAUAAGGAAAGAGAACGAACAAGACGUUCCCUUGUUCAGCGACGAGCAGAUCGAAGGUAAUUUCAAUUUUGUUGUUUGGUGUAAUUGCUAAAGUUUUAAACAACAUAUACAACUUUAGAAUCGAUCUUUUCUAUUAAGCUAACAAGAAUUUCGAAGUUUUUCUUGCGAUGAAACGACUAUCUCGAGUGGCUGAUGAACGAAUAGAGAAAAGAAUGACCUAAUAUAUAAUUAUUUGACCAACUAAGUAAUUACAACGGACUGAUAGACAAAAUAACUGAAUGACUCACCGGAUGAGUGACUGACUUACGGAAUAAAGGAGGCAAGUUCUUAUAGAAACUUUGAACUGAGUUGAUAAAGUAUAUUGGCCACCUCAGACUGGAGCAUCUAAAGCUGACGUUACGAGCAUUAGCCCCUCCUCAGAGCGAGCUAAUACUGAUUAACUGGCAGAUUAUCUAACUGGUUGACUUUUUGAUUGACUUCUUGGCUGAUUGACUGACAGACGAAAUGAGCUGCUGACUGGCUUGCAGCCUGACUUAUUCAUUGACCAACCAAUCGCUGAAUGAUUGGCUAACUGGCCAAGCAAGAUCAAAGAGAAAAAACACUUACUGUUUUGUUUCUUCUUAUUUACAGAGUUCGAAGAUGCUUUUUCCGUUUACGACGUACAGGGCACAGGAAGAAUCAAACUAGGAGCCGUUUUUCCUCUGAUUCGUUCACUGGGGUACAAUCCUCUCGAGGCAAAAGUGUGGGUCUUUAUGAAUGAACUGGACUUAACAGGUGGGAUGUACUGUAAUUGGUCGAUCCAAUUAUACUCAGAUCAAACUAAAAGACCGUCAAUUUUUUUAUCUGUAUGUUUAGUCAGUAGAUCACUGGUGUCCAAAUAUUGUCACAAAACUGACCCACAUGGAGAAAAUGAUUUACCUAAGGCUGAUAAGUGCGUAUGAAAACUUUAAGGAACAUUUCCAACCCCAAAGUCAAAGGGUCAUAAUUAUUCGUUCGAGAAAUGAAGUGAAUGAAAUUUUUUUUAUGCUUCUAGAAAAUGUUCAUAUUUCAAUGUUUAUUCUUUCGUAUCACUAGCAAACCGGAAAUUGAAGUUUGAAGAAUUUGUAAGACUAAUGGAGGCCUUAAUAAUUGAUGAAAACGAAAACGAAGAACCCUCGCUUGAUUCAAUCCGGGUAUUUGACCCAGAAGAACUCGGCUUCAUCGGCUCCGAAGAUCUGAAGAUUGCUCUGAAAAGCAUGCCGGGAAGUGCUUACAUGAGUGACUUCGAGCUACGAGAUAUUCUUCAAAAAGCUGAUCCUGACAAAGAUGGAAAGAUAGAUAUUCAAGGUAAUUAUUUGAAGGGCUACAGUUAUCUC